GACCUAAACAAAAAAAAGAAAAAACCCGAAGGAAAACAAAACCAAAAACACGGUUUUCUGAAUUUUGCAUGCAAAAAAUAUAGUUAAUUUAAUUUGAGAAAAGCGGUAAUAGAAAGUAAGCAAAAUUGCGCUACUAAGAGAACUCCUCAGACGUAUUAUGGAAGAAAAUGUCGAUGGAGACAAUGAUCACAAUGACCCAAACAGAGAUGAAAAUGGGCACAACAACACAGGGGACGUACUUGAUGAGAGACCCUCUGGCAUGGACGACCAGGAAACUGACAAUGAUGACGAUGGAGAAGAGCAGCCGUUUGACAUAACAUUAGCAGCAACACAUUCUUACAUGGGCCCGGGGCUGGAGGCGGUGCGGGGGCGCGAGGUGGUCGAGGCGGGAUGGUGUGGGCGCGUGGUGGUGGUGGCGCACCACGGGGCCGUGUUCCCGGGGGAGACCGUACCCUUACUGCUGCCCCGCGCUGAUCAUGCGGUAACACUAGCGCGCGCCCUCACCGAGCGGGCCAUGUUCGGGCUGCUGUGUCCCGACGAGCUGGGGUUCGCGUCGGGCUACGGCGCGCUGUGCGAGGUGUACGAGGCGAGCGCGGGCGGCGAGCGCUCGCUGUCGGUGAAGGCGCGCGCCGUGCACCGUUUCCGGUUUCGGCACAUGCCCAAGCAGCCCUACACGCUGCACCGCUUCACCGGUGAGGGCGUGGAGAUGGAAGUGGAAGUACUGCCGGAGCUCGGCGUGUGUCCCCCGCUGCAGCACGCGCGCCUGCAGUCCCUCGACCCGCGCCGCCCACAACUGCCGGCGGAGCUGCGUCGUCUGGAGGCGUCGGUGUCGCCGUGGCCGGCGUUCGUGUACGACAUGUUCGACUACACGCGCAUGCGACAGACCAUAAAGGAAUACUUCUCCACCUUCCGGCUAGAGGCGGUGCCGUCAGAUCCAGUCGCGCUGUCGUUCUGGGUGGCGUCCAACCUGCAGCUGCAGCAGCGGGACCGCCUCGCGCUGCUGCUGGCCGACGGUGCUCUGCAGCGCCUGGCACUCGAGCUGCGGCUCAUACACACGAGCGGCGUGCUGUGCUGCGCGUCGUGCCUGACGGAUAUCGCGCGGCGCGAGCACGUGUUCGCCAUGUCCAGCGACGGGCUGCACUCCAACUACACCAACCUGGGCGGUUUCGUGCACGAUGUAGUGACGGUGUCGCGCGCGCACAACAUAUCACUGGAGGGGGGCGCCUCCCACGAGUACAGCUGGUUCCCCGGAUACACCUGGAGCAUCGCGCUGUGCCGCCUUUGUGCCGCGCACGUGGGCUGGAGGUUUGACGCGAUGAAGCGGCGCCUGCGCCCGCAGCAGUUCUACGGCCUGUGCCGCAACCAGGUGCGGCCCGCGCCCACGGACCGAUCUCAUCUCUAAACACCAUUAUAUAUCUAUUCUAUUUCCUCUUAGACAAAAGAACCAAUGUUUCUAAAACUUUGUUAUCGAGAGUAAAGAUAGCAGGUGUAACCAGACUGAUAACAAAAUUACGUAUCUGUAACACAACUCUUCAAUUUAUUUUUAUUAUAAUGCAUUCAUUGUUGCUAUUCCAGUUUUAGGUAUUUUUAUGACACAUGUUUUUCAUUAUGAUUUUAUUUGCGUAUAAAAUUCGACAUAUGGAAAAACCUUAUUGCUUACCUUUUGUCUCAGAGGAAAGAGUCGCGAGUCGCGACUCACUUUACCAUGCCAUAUUUACGCGAAAAUCAUUGCAAACGAGGCACUAUUAAAAUAAAUAUCUACGAAGCGCGACAAAUUACCCACACCCCUAACGUUAAAGUGGAAAUGGAUUAGUUGAUCCUACAAAUAAGUGUCGUCGCUCUAUCCAUAUUCUACGAACUUUACCAACAAAAAACCCAUACUGCCGAUUUUACUGUGGGCUUUUGUUAGAUGGAGGUACCGUCUCCAAACAGUCACUGUUCGAGCGAAACGGUAAAAUAUUCCUAUAUAUAUAAUUCUUACGUGAGUGUGUAUGUCACUGAACUUCUCUUAAACGACUGGACCGAUUUUGAUGAAAUUUUUUGUGUGUGUUCAAGGGGAUCUGAGAAUGGUUUAGAUUCACAAUUUUGUCCGCUGGACAACCCCUAUUUUUUUAGGGCGGUACGAAGUUCGCUGGAUCAGCUAGUAUUCCUAUAUAAUCCUAUCCUACAGGUAACUGUAGGACUGAAAAAUACAAUUAUGUGCCGAAUUAAUGAUUGUCGCUUAAGCGUGGUAAAGUACCUAUCUCUUGUUUUGCAGUCAGUACCUUUUUAUAUAGUGUUUAGUAAUUUGAGUAAAUGUUAAAUGAAACGUAUUUUUGUGUGUAUUUUUUUUUUAUAUUUUGUUAAGUAACAACUAAACACUUUUUUAAAGUUGUACUCAGACACAUCAAUUAUUGUUUAAUGUUGAGUAAAGUUGUUGCCAUUACUUUGUUUACGAUAACAAUAGAAUAAGACAAAAUGUCGCUUACCCACAUUACUGCAUAACGUCAAAAAACUGUGUCUCAACAUUUGCAGUCGUAAGGCACUGAGACGCAGCCGUAUUCACAAAAUAAAUAAUAGAUAACAUGUCGUUUUGACAAGUAUUCAACUUAUUUCAAUGACGUCUCUGAGUGUGAUUGCUACACAUUAUUAGAAAAACCUUUUUUGUACUUAGUUAUCUAGAAAAAUUGUUACUUGUUUUCGUGUGGUAUCAUGAGAAACCAAAUAAUUUAUUAAAAUAACUAAAGUAGUACUUACUUUCAAAAAACAUAUUGAAUGCAGAAUUUUGUAUUAACAAAUUGGAAAAUAGUGUCACUGUACUGUAUAUAACAAAAAGUUUUAUAUUCUUAAUUAAGUAUAUUAUGAUAUAUACGGGAAUAAACAGGUAUGAUGAGAUGAAAAUUGUAAAUAUAUUUAGUAUACCAG